UCAACUGAGGAAGGUCGUUGGGAGAGCAUGAGCAAUGUACCUGUAGUGGGGUCUCCUCCACCCCCGGAUGCCCUCGAGUCACUGGUGACAAAAUCGGGGGGCGCGGCCAAAUCCAAUGGCGGACUCGACGUCCUUCGAGACCUCAACAUCAAAUACCCCACAGGCGAGCAAGCCGUGCUCUUGGAUGCCAUCGGAUGCGGCUUUUGCUACUAUGACACAGGACGGCUGGCCGUAUGUGUGAGUAAGGUCAACGCCCUCCAGAAACGCUACUACUUCUACGAAAACAAUCGAAGCAAAGCGCUGCUGUGCUCCAUUGACGAGCAUGUGGUGGGCAUGGCUGGACGUCCCCACGGUAUCAAGUUGGUCCUCACAAAAGACAAUGCCAUUUUAUCCGACGCCAAGGACGACAUUGUCAAGACUUGGCGGUGGAAUCCGAACGCACAAAACGCAGGCACCCCCCCGACCGACCCGAUCGUGAUCCAGCUCAACGAAUGUCUCACAUUCAAGUUUGUGGACCGCAAGCACAUCCUGGUCAAGUUUGUCAACACUGGCGUCAGCUUGGAGUUUCAAUGCGGUGAGCGACUCAAGCGCGACGACACGUAUCUCCAGCACAGCACCAAAGUGCAAAGCGGCCCUCAGCGCGGCAAACUUGUCGUGGACACGGCGCAUCAGCCCAACUUAGUGCAACGCCAAAAACAAAUUGAAGUCGCUGCGUUGGAGAAGCGAAGCAAGCAGAACCCCCGUAGCAAGGACCUCACCCACGCCUCGAUCAAGCAAGUCGUCACAGCCCUUGAGGACAAAUUCGACGACUACCACGGAUGUCAAGUCACACCAUACUGCACUGGCCCGUGGCUUCAAGACGCACACAACCAAACGCUAGCCGAACUGCCCGUGCUCCCUAAAACCGGCUUUGAAGUGGGGAAGGAGCCGACGUUGUACGGAAAGGACAUGGCCCCCCACUCGACAUCGCAUUUGCUGUCGGCACUUCAAGACAAGGACGGCAAGUGGCUGUCUUCGCUCGACAUUCGCACGCGGUUGGAGCUGUCGAACCCCGUGCUGCCGCGCACAGCCGUGCUGUGCAAUGCCAGCGGUCGGUACAGCGUCGAUAUUCAGAUCCCGGGGGGAUCAGCCCAACCGGAAGGCACCAAGCUGGAGGUUGUGGCGGGCUGUCGCUUGGAUGGGUUCCUCAAGGAUGAUUGCGCAUCGGACCAGCUUGUCGUCGUCGCGUGUCUUCGCGAAGACGACUUGACCAGUCGGCAAGCGGAAAAAGUGCUGCAGCUCGUCGCGACCAUCUUGGCCGACCCACAAGGCGACCUCUCUUGCCACGCGUUGCCCCAAAACAUCGUCGCGGGCAUUGUAAAUGCCAAGUACCGACUAGUCAAAGUGGACUUGGCCGAGUCCCGCGAAAUCGCCAAGCGGUUUUGCCUCCAUGCUACCCCCACGUUUCUCAUGUUCUUCGAAGGCAAGCUGCUCGGCGCGACGAGCUUGGGCGGCCAUGCCGUGCGCAUUGCGCCGACCACUCGCAAUGUCCACCUGACCAACAAGAUGGACCAUCCCCCUCGUACAUUGCUGGUUCAAGGUAGCGCCAAACAGCAGGUUGUGAGCGAAAAGAUCCUGCGCAAGGAAUUGUUUGCGUGGGACCUUGCCCUGGACGCUGACCAAGCCAUCCAGCGCGUGUCCAAGCUAAGCAAAGCCAGUGCUGUCAACAACGGUGUCUGUCCGUGCUACAACCUCCUCUUGAUUUGUGACGAUGUGGGUGAGGCGGGCCUGCGGACGCUGGACCGAUUCAUCCGCACAACGGACAGCAAGAAAGUAUCCAACCCGAGCCAGCAAUGUGUCGUUGGCAUCAUCAUCACAAACCCAGACUUUGAAGCGUCCUUUGCGAGUACGUUGUGCCAGCUGUGCCGGACGGCGCAAGGUCGCCGCGUGAGUGUCGUCACCAUGACGGAUGAUGGUAUAUCGCUUCUCUAUGGGGUUUGAACUGACUGGUGGGGGUGCAGGAGUAUGUCCGCAUUGUGGCAUCGUUCCGAAAUCCAUCGUGGAAGCGUCGCCGGCCGUGUCGACGCUGGUCUCUAUAGCUCAUGUCUUUGUGUAUCGGCACAUUCGAGCGCCCACGCUGCAUCGACUCGCGGAGCGCUGGGCUGAUCAAGUGACCCAAAAGAAGUCGGAGCAGAUGCUCCGUGGCGCCGAAGUAGAGGUGCACAAGGGUCUCACCAAGGACACACUGUUCCGUGAGAUGGAGCACUACCUGCAAGUCGGUCGACGAGGUCUCUUUGCGCCAAAGGAUGGCGCGCUUGGCAUGGCGCUAAGCGCCACCGACACUUUCAUCAUGAACACUCACUUGACAACGAAACCGCAUUCAGCGUAGGAAUAAUAAAACGUAUCACGUCUAAACUGAUUACGUCAUUGACG